CCGCAGGGUGGAGCUGCGGGCCAGGCAGUUAUGCCCCCUCCCGUGCUCUGCAGAGGAACAGAGCAGGACCCGGGCUGUAGCUCAGCGUGUCCCAGCCCCGCGAACCCGCCGGGGUCGGGUUCACCCUUCCCUGGCUGUGCCCGGCCGGGAGCGGGGGCUGCUGCCCGGCAAAGCCUCGAACCCAGACCCCACGGGACGGGACAGCAGUGAAAGGAAACAGAACAAGGAUGAUUCAGCGACCUGGAGUCGAUUUGGGCAGCGCCUGCUAAGGCCUGGUUGACCCUGGGGAUAAAAGCAGUGCCAAGAAAAGGUUUGAAACAGUCCGUUCGAACACAGCCCAGACGCAGUCUGGCUGAUCGGGGUAUUCAGGCAAAACUCACAGUCAAAUUUUAUUUGAAAGGUGUGUUCACUGAUCACCCCACGUAGCCAAACUUUGCCUGAGCUGUAAUCAAGUGAGCUGCUUUGAAUCUGUCCUUACGAAGGGCUCUGCCAGCCCCACCGUGAACAGGCCUCAGUUACCAGUGGCUGCAGAAAGGUGGUUCAGAUGAACAAGUCGCCUGUUUUGGAGUCCGUGAGUCUUUCCGAGACAGAAAAGAUGUGGAACGUAUCGUCUCCUGCUAAGAAGAUGAAGGCAGAGCCAGACCUGGGUUCCCAGGAAACCCCAUUGAAACAAAACAGAACAACUCACGUGACCAUCCUCCCCCAGGGUGGAGAGAGCAGCACAAUCUGCCCUAAAGGUUUGCAAUUUGAGUUGAAACCACGGGCACCUCACUGGACAGUUCAGAGCCUGGUUCUCAAUCUCAUAUUAAUCUUCAUGCUCAUCAUCCUCCCCUUGAUCCUCCCCACCAUCAUACUGACAGCAAAGAAACCUGAACCGUGUCCAGCUGGUGCUGCCUUCGCAGUGGCUGCCUGCCCAGACGGCUGGAUCGGGUACCUGGGGAAGUGUUACUAUUUCUCACAGGCUGAAGGGAACUGGACCUACAGCCAGAAGAACUGCUCUGCCCUCGGUGCCUCUCUGGCUGGGAUUUACACUCAGCAGGAAAUGGAUUUCCUGAUGCGCUAUAAAGGACCCUCUGACCACUGGAUUGGCCUCGGGAGGGAACCAGGCCAGCCCUGGAUGUGGACCAGUGGGAAAGAAUUCAACAACUGGUUUAUAAUAGUGGGAGGAGGCCUGUGUGCUUUUGCGGACAAUGGUGAAAUUGCCAGUUCAGGCUGCUCCAGGGAGGGACACUGGAUCUGCAGCAAACUAACAGAGAAACCAGCAGGCAGAGCAAAGUGAGUCGGGCCUUGUCCUGUCAAUGGGGCUGGCCCAAGUGAGUGGGGAACUGGAUGGGGCUGGCCAAGGGGGACAGCCCAGCAGCAGGGAAGAGAGACGCUCGCUGAAGGACAUCAGGUAGCUCCUCCCUUGGAGCCUCUGGCCUCCAUUGGCCCAUUUGGGGACUGGGGUGAGGGUGCAGAUUAGCCCCUAGCUCACUCUCUGGCACAGAGACAGGAACCUUUUGACUUGGAAAUCAGAAGGGGAGCAGCCAAGCCUGCUGUGUCCCUCCUGUCAGGGGCCCAGGGCAGGAGCCUGGCCCGGGCUGUGGCUAGAGGCCAAUGUACCAACUGGGGCCAGCGGGAGGUUCUGUGAACCCUGCAGCCAUGGGGCGAAGGGGCCGGUGUGAACCCUGCAGCCUGGGGCAAGGUCACAUGAGCUCUACUGUACAGUGAGAAGGGCUGUUGUGCAGGCCCUGCUGAGCGCUGAGGGAGCAUGAAGAGACGCCAGACAGGAGGGAAUUGCUGGGACGUGCUAGGACAGACGUGUGUGUGUGUAUACAUGUGUGUACAUAAUUAUUUGUAUAAUAAUAUACCAGCUCCCAGAAUGGAAAUUUUUAUUUUGUAAACUUAAGUCCUCAUGCGACUGGCUCUUCCCAACCGAGCAGGGAAACUGAGGCAGCAGCUGCAUCCUCCCACCAGAGCUGUAAGCGCCCCUCCCCAC